AUGGAUACACUUAAAUCAAUUCUGACAACAAUAACAGGUGGUGAUAAUAAUGACAGUUCUUCCACAUCAUCCAAUGAACAAAUUCGUCAUCAACUAUGUAAAAUUGAUGACAUACAAAAUGGACAAAUGAAAGAAUUUGAAAUAAAAACAUCACUUGUUAAUACAAGUGUUUUACUUGUUAAACAAGAUAAUAAAUUUUAUGCAUAUUCCAGUAAAUGUUGUCAUUAUAAAUUACCAUUAGCAAAAGGUGUUCUAAUUAAUAAUCGUAUACGUUGUUUUGCACAUGGUGCAUGUUAUCGUGUUGAUACUGGUGAUAUUGAAGAUCAUCCAGGCCAUGGCAGUUUACCAAAAUAUAAUGUUGAAAUUGUCGAUGAUCAUGUUAUUGUGGUUGGAACUAAAGAAGAACUUGAAAAAGUAGAACGUACAAAAAUACCUGAUAAUCUUGAAAUAGAUGAGAAACCAGUCGUAGCUAUUCUUGGUGCUGGCGCAGCUGGAUUUACAUGUGCUGAUAUGCUUCGUCAAAAUGGUUUUCGUGGUCGUAUUCUUUUAUUUACACGUGAAGGAACAUUACCCUAUGAUCGUGUACAAUUAUCUAAACAACCAUUGAAAAAACCACAAGAAUUACUUCUUCGUGAUCAACCUUAUUUUAAAAAAGCUAAAAUUGAUUUAAUACUUGAUACUGAAGUGACAAAUAUUAGUUGGAGUACAAAAAAUUUAACCUAUCAUACAUUAGGUAAACAAAUGAAAUCUGAACAAUAUGAUUAUUUAGUAUUAGCAACUGGUUUACGACCAAGAAAAUUACCACCAUCAAUUCCAGGUGGUGAUCUUCGAAAUGUUUUCUAUUUAAGAUCAAUGGAAGAUGCUAAUAAUCUUGUCAAUAAAGUGAAAUCACCUGAAACAAAAAAUAUUGUUAUUAUUGGUGAUUCAUUUAUUGCAUUGGAAUUAUGUGGAUGGUUAACAACAGGUUUAGCUGGUCCGAAUGGAAAACAAGAAGAUGCUGACAAGAAAAAUGUUUCAGUAGUUAUGCUUUUAAAAGCUCCAAUGAUUCGUACGAAAAAAUUGUUUUAUAUUUGUAAAAGAGAAAUCUAUUAUUAUACUCUAGGUAUUUUUGGUGAAAAAAUUGCUCGAGCUGUACAAAAAGUUCAUGAAAAAAAUGGAGCUAAAUUUUAUGCUGAAGCUAAUAUUACUGAAUUAACAGGAGAAAAUAAUAUUAUUAAAUUUGUACAAUUAGAAACAGGUGAAUCGAUUCCAUGUGAUUUAGCUAUUGUUGCAAUUGGUAGUGAAUCAUGUACUGAAUUAUAUAAAGAUUCACCAAUUGAAAUGUCUGAAGAUCAUUUUAUUAAAGUUAAUGAUCGUCUUGAAACAUCUGUUGAACAUGUUUUAGCUGUUGGAGAUAUUAGUAAAUAUCCAUUACGAGUAUUUAAUUUAGAUGAAGUUAAUUGUCAACAUUGGCAAAUGGCAUGUUCAACUGGUCAUCAAGCUGCUGAUACAAUUUUACAUCAUUAUCUUGGUCAAACAAAAGGUGGUUCACGUCCAUUGAAAACUGAUUUUUACACUGUACCAAUCUAUUGGACAACACAAAAUAAUAAAACAACAAUUCGUUAUGCAGGUUAUACUCGUGAUCCUGAAAAUGUUGUUAUUCAUGGUGAUCUUGAUGGUGAAUUUAAAUUUGUUGCAUAUUAUAUUGUUGAUGGUUAUGUACGAGCUGUAGCUCAAUCAAAAUAUGAUCCAUUAUCAAGUGAAGUUGCUGAAGUUUUUCAUCAUCGACGAAAUAUUCGUAAAGAAGACAUCGAAAAUGAUAUGUAUGGUUAUCGAAAAUAUUUAGAUUUUAAAACAAAAAAACCUGAAUAA